CUCCGCCAGUCGCCGCCUCCGCCUCCGCUGUCGCUGCCACACUUCGUCGCCCCUGUACCGCCGUCGCAGUGGAUUAAUUUCUGGGUAAUUUCCAGAAUAUGGUAAAGUGUUAUUGAAACUAGAUCGCUUGGAGUGACUUCUGAGCUGUAUUUUAGUUAAGAGAGAGAGAUGUUGGGUUCAUUACCUAUAUUGCCCCUCCCAGCACCACCAGCUGAUGGUGAUCUGGGUCCUCUGCCGCCAUCCCAAGUACAGAACGACUCCAAAGAUGAGCAUAUGCAGGAGGCCGAGAAUGACCAGAAUAAGUCAAAAUCCACCCCUGCAUCAAUCGCUACACACACCAGAACCAUCGGUAUCAUACAUCCUCCCCCUGAUAUUAGAACUAUAGUCGACAAAACUGCAAGCUUUGUGGCGAAAAACGGACCCGAGUUUGAGAAGAGGAUCAUCGUUAGCAAUGCCGGAAAUCCCAAAUUCAAUUUCUUGAACACUUCCGAUCCCUAUCAUGCCUAUUAUCAGCAUCGACUGUCGGAAUUCCGUUCUCAGAAUCAAACCCCGUCUGAGUUAUCUCAGCCAUCCGAUGCACCUCCUCCCGAGUCAACCCUGACUGCGGCUCCUGGAGACGGAAAUGAUCCAACCGAAAAGACCGAUCCGUCGGCAAAGUUUAGAUCCAUUCGUAAAGUCUUGGACCCCCCGGAGGCCGAGCAGUACACAAUUCGGCUUCCAGAGGGAAUCACGGGGGAAGAAUUGGAUAUUAUCAAACUGACCGCACAGUUUGUGGCACGGAACGGGAAGUCGUUUUUGACGGGAUUAACUAGUAGAGAGAAUAACAAUCCUCAAUUUCACUUUUUGAAGCCGACCCACAGUAUGUUUAUGUUCUUUACAUCACUCGCGGAUGCCUACUCGAAAGUCUUGAUGCCACCUAAAGGCUUGACGGAUAAGCUGAAGAAAAGCGUUAUUGACAUGACCACGGUUCUUGAACGGUGCUUGCACCGGCUCGAGUGGGAGCGGUCCCAGGAGCAGGCGCGGCAAAAAGCGGAGGAUGAGAUAGAACAGGAAAGAUUACUCAUGUCUAUGAUUGAUUGGCAUGAUUUCGUUGUUGUUGAGACCAUAGAUUUUGCGGAUGAUGAAGAUGAGGAUUUGCCACCUCCGAUGACUUUAGAGGCGGUGAUUAGGAGGAGCAAGAUGGCGGCGGUGGAGGAGGAAGAGAUUGUUGAAGCUGGGAAGGAAGUAGAAAUGGAAAUGGAUGAAGAAGAGGUACAACUGGUUCAAGAAGGUAUGCGGGCGGCAAGUCUUAACGAAAAUGGUGAAAAUGGUGAGAAUUUCAAGGACGUGAGGGUGAUUACAGAGGAAAAUGAACCUCCGAUGAGGAUCGUGAAGAACUGGAAACGGCCCGAGGAUCGGGUCCCGGCCGAGAGAAACCCGACUAAAUAUGUUGUUUCGCCAAUCACGGGUGAACUUAUUCCGGUCAACGAGAUGUCUGAGCAUAUGCGUAUUUCUCUUAUUGAUCCCAAGUACAAAGAACAAAAGGAGAGAAUGUUUGCAAAGAUUAGGGAGACUACGCUUGCCCAGGAUGACGAAAUCUCCAGAAAUAUUGUUGGCCUUGCACGGACCCGUCCUGAUAUAUUUGGGACCACAGAGGAAGAGGUUUCGAAUGCAGUUAAGGCGGAAAUCGAAAAGAAGAACGAUGAGCAGCCAAAACAGGUUAUUUGGGAUGGACACACUGGUAGUAUUGGCCGCACUGCAACUCAAGCUAUGUCCCAGAAUGCAGAGGAUCAAAUUGACGGUGUAAAUGAUGGAAGGAAUCUUCCUGGUCCUGCAGCUCCUCCUCCUAGACCUGGUGUUCCAUCAGUUCGGCCACUUCCUCCACCACCUGGGCUUGCCUUGAAUCUCCCUCGUGUGCCGCCUAAUGCUGGCCAAUACUCUACUGUAACUAGUGGCGGUCUUGUGCCGCCUCCAUCUAUGCCAUCUAUUCAUACCAUGGUUACACCGCUACGUCCACCACCACCGCCAAUGCAAAUGAAUUAUGGACAGCAACCUUACAUGAUGAAUCGGCCACCACCACCGCCAAUGCAGCAGUCUAUGUCCGUCAACCCACCUAGUAUUCCGGUGCCGCCACCACCAGGAUCUCAGUUCACGCCGCUUGCACCCCGUCCUUUUGCUCCCCUUUCCAUGCCCCAGCAUGGCAUGCCGAUGGUUCCUCCACCACCUAUGCCACAAGGAAUGCCGCCACCUCCACCACCGGAGGAAGCUCCUCCUCCACUUCCUGAAGAACCCGAGCCAAAGAAGCAAAGGCUCGACGAUUCUUUGCUUGUCCCAGAGGACCAGUUCAUGGCUCAACAUCCGGGACCUGUUCGUAUUACUGUAUCGGUGCCAAACGUCGACGAAGGAAACCUAAAAGGGCAAAUGCUGGAAAUCGUUGUUCAAUCGUUAUCCGAAACUGUCAGCAGUUUGAAAGAGAAGAUCGCCGGAGAGAUUCAGUUGCCGGCAAACAAACAGAAACUGAGCGGGAAAGCGGGUUUUUUGAAGGACAACUUAUCUCUUGCUUACUAUAACGUUGGUGCAGGUGAAUCACUUUCGUUAUCGUUAAGAGAACGUGGUGGUAGGAAGCGGUAAUUGGUGAUUCCGAUUGCAUUCAUGGUGCCGGAAAUCAUGUGUGGGAGUUUCUGUAUGUAAAAGAUUGCAUUGGGGUUUCGAAUUUGAGGUAAAAUGAAGGUGAAAAUGCAAUGAAUGAACUGUUAAAAGUUGUGGUAAAGAUUAUGGGGACAAUUUGGGGGUGGCGGUGUUAGUGGUAUACAUUGAUUUUGAUUCU